UAAAUUCCCCGCAUCUUUCCGCUGCCUAGCAGUUGGAGGAGAGAGGAGAAGGCGGUGGCGGUAACAGAGAAGGGAGGCGGUGCCGGCAACUGAGAAGGAAGGCGGCGCCGGCAAUGGCAAGGAAGGCUGAUGGAAGGAGAGGGCGGCGUGAUGCUGCGGUUGGGGUCUGUUAGUCAUCGGUGGAUCUGGUGCGUUGAAGCUUUAUGAAGGGAGUCAGCAUCCGGCAAGGAAGACGGCGCCGACGACAGUGAAGAGAGGAAGAUGAUGGCGGCGGGAAGGACAACACCCUCAAGCUUCCAGAUCUGCAUUGUCCUCUCCUACGUCCUAAAUCGGGUGCCAAGCAAAUGAGGGAAGGCGGUGACGGGACGCGUUGACCCCCCUGGCUAGCCUCGCCGAAUCCGCUCGUUCCCGCGUUAGCAUGACUCCGAGCAAGCGAUGCCUUUUGGUAGAGCGAGUGAUAGGGGCAGCGGCAGCAGGGCCUUCCUUCACCGUGCUAGGGAUGAGUGGUGAGCUACCGGAUUUCGAUUCAACUUAGAGUAUCUCUUUUACAGUUUCUUAUUCGAAUUUCCUUUUUCAGAGUUUUGGUUGUUUCUUCCACGGCUCAAGAUUGUUUGUGUUCUCUAGAUUGAAUUUUCACUGAAAAACUUUGAACGCUAGGAGACCAGGAGAGGAUUCACACUCUUCCGUAGUGGAUCAGAGAUGAGAGGAGGAGCAUGUCGUCCCAUCUACUCCAUGCCAUCCCCUCUCACAAUAGAUGGAGCAUGUCUUACAUGGCUUGGGAGGACGAGCUCCAGAAAUAUAUUAUAUAUGUUCUUCUUUCUUAUCUCUCUUUAAUCGAUUCGGUUUUAACAUGGCAAUUGAUCUGUUGGCACUAGUAUCGAUCAAUUUGUAUCUUUUUUUUUUGUCUAAUAUCUAUCAAUUUUUAUCCCUUUUUAUCUGAUAUCUGAGUUAGUUUCACUUUCUGUUUCUUGUCUCGCUUGAGGGGACGUCACAGACUCCUCUUCCAUUGCUCACUGUCUCGCUAGGUUGCCUGCCGAACAAGGCUCUCUUUUGUCAACUUUCUCUGUCUUUUAUUCCCGUUACAACUCACAGCCUCUUUGUUAGCCUCUUUCUUAAAAGACAAGAAAAGGAUGGGAGUACAUAUGUAUAGGAGAUCCGUUUGGAUUGCGAUCUGUGACCGAGUUGUACUUGUACGUGGCCACGGAAACUGGUACCGGUACCGAGCUUCAACCUAUAUAAUCUGAACGUGCAUACCUCAAUCCGUUUCAAAAUUGAAUCUAACCAUAUGAUAUGACAUAACGUAGCCUAGAUUGAUUUAUUUCAGACGGAGAAAGUAUAUACUCCUAUAUUACACAAUUGACUACAGGAAGAUCAAUCUAGUUGUACUUGUACAGUCUUCGGUUCUAUCCUCUAUGGGCCUUCCUAGCUCCGGCGGCCCGGCCCACAACGCGAGCCUUGGACCUGCUCGCACAUGGACCUCCUCCCUCUUCGCCCGCCGCGCCGGCGACCCCUCCGCCGCCAUCGCCGGCUUCCAGCGCCGCCUCUACGGAGGCCACCGGCGCCCCGAUGUCCCUCUCGCCGGCGGCAGUCUCGCCGAUAGCUACGCCGAGCGUAGGGUUGAGAUUCCCAAAAGUUUCGUCAUACUAGAAGAUAUUCUGCAACACACCCUGUCUAAUAUGCACAGUAUCCAGGAAAGCAUACUGUUCUGGCAGUCCAAUGCUCUGAGAACAAAUUCGCAGAAAGCGUAUUUUAUGAUCUUUCAAAGAGGUCCAAGGGCCUUUGUUGCAACAACAUGUCAAACGCUGGCUAAACUUCAGAACAAAGGGAGUCCAGUCCAGGGCCUUUUGGACUCUGCAUCUUCUAUGUUCUCAACAAAACUUGCCAUCCUAACAAGGAUGCAACACUGCUUGGCUUCUUUUCUUGCUGAGGUUUACAAUGAAACUGACAAACGCAGAAGUGUAUUAAUUAGAAGAUCAGAACAAUCGCUGCAUAGUCUCUUCGUUGCUCUGAAUAACAUCUUCUCCAAUUUGGAGGUAGAACUUAGAAAUGCUGGUGAGCAGGGGGCUGUAUUAGCGAAUCAUGAUAAUAACUCAUUCGAACUCUUCCAAAGAUUGCCAGAAGCUGAUGUUCAGAGUUCAGCUGCUAUAAGUUUGAUCUAUGAAAACCUUCAGAAGUUAGAUAUUUUUCUUUCCUCUCGGCUUUCAAGCCAUAAAAAGCCGAGAAAAAUGACCAAAUAUUGGUUACCCUACACAUUUGGAGCAUUGGGCCUCUCUGCAUUUACCCUAUGGCUUUUACGCCACAGUAGCUUGAUGGGAAGUUCUGACAUUGACAACUGGCUUCAUGGUGCUAAAAAGUUGCUGGUUUGGUGUUGGGAUGAGAAUGUUCAGAAACCAGUCAGUUCUAUAAGGUAUCUCACCAAUACACUCCAUCAAAGCAAAGGUGUAACAGGAAAACAAUAUAUCCAAUUCCCUGAAGAUACAUUAAGCAAAUGCAGGAACAUAUCGUCUUCUCUCUGCGAAAGGUAUGAGAUGGAACCAGGAUCUCCUGAAGAAUUAGCAUGUCUCAUGAUUAAUCAGACUAAGAAGUUUUUACGGGAUUUUAAAGAGGUAAUGCCGGAAUUAGAACAUGUUCUUAGGGUACAGCAGGUUACUCUUGCAUUUGGUCGAUGGCUUCUUCUGCCGGUACUUCUAAAGCCAGCAAGGGUUGUCCAUGGUCAGGUUACACAGAGAAGAGAUAGAAUUGCACAUCUUAAGCGAUGUCAGCUUCUCUCUGGAGUACAGGAAAUGCUUGCAGAGUUUCAGUACUGUAUGGACAAGGGAAUGAAGGAAGAGGCACAAUGUUCGCUUGGACUAUUAUUGUACAGCAUUUAUAGAUUUUACAGAGGUGUUGAGUCGAGUUCAAAAGAAACAGGCGAGUGGAUAUAUAUGAAGGAACACAUUUUCUGUCUGGCAGACCCUCAAUUGGGCGUGGCAAUCAAGCGGGACAUUCUUUCGAGUCUACGGAAUUAUAAAUGCUUAUCACCACCAUCGAGUUUGUAUGGAUUUUAGUCGAGCAUAUAUUUAUGGUAACUAUUAGGAAUUAAUAAGAUCGUUAUUCCCCUUUUAAUUUUUGGCUUCUCAUAUGAAAUUACAUUGACGACUAACGUGUCUAAACCGGUGAAAAAGAACAGCCCCUAAGGGUCACUUCAUUACAAAAAAUUUCUAUAGAAGAUUUUUUAAAAAAGUCAAAUAAAUCAAUUGUCGAUAAGUCUGUCUUCUAUCUAUUCUUCUUCGAACUUUCUGUCAAAUCAAACCCCCGUCAAUCCUCCAGGACCCAAACAACUCACUUUUCGCCCAUGAACCAUUUGUGUCAAUGGAUUGGUUUGAUCAAAAACUUGAGAUAAGGGAUAUGUACCAAAGAAGGUCUCGUAAGUAGUUAUUAAUAAAAUCGAGGUUGAAGUUGGAGUUACCAAAGUUUGUG